AUGGAUAAAAUCAAAGCAUUCAUUAAAAAGAAAAGGGCAGACAAAAAUUUUAAAUUGGCUGGACCUGGAUAUGUUUUAAAAGAUGAUAAUACACAAUCAAGCAGUUCUCCAAAACAUUCUCCUCCAAAACAAUCACAACAAGCUAAAGCAAAGAAGGAAUUGGAAGAAGAACAACGGAAGUUGGCAGAAGAGAUGAAGGGAACAAAAGUUGACGACACUUCUCCUAAUAUACCAAAGACUGACAAUGAGCAAUCGAGUGUUUUGUACACCUGUGAGCUUUUUGGUGAAGACGAGGCUUUGCCAAAAUCUGAGAUGUUGGAUGCAAUCGGUUCUUGCCUUUUUGAACAACUUCAGGAUGGUGAAGCUGAUCCUUUAUAUACAACUACCUGUAUUAUACAUACUUUAAAUAAAGAAAAUGUUAAAAUCCCGGCAUUGGAUACAAUUCAACGUUAUUUACAAAAUAUUAUUGACAAUCCAAAUGAACAAAAGUUUAGAAGGAUUAAGCUUUCUAACAAAGUUUAUCAGGAGAAAGUAGCACCAUGUACAGGAGCAUUUGAAUUUUUGAUAGCAACUGGCUUUCGUAAAGAAGAAUCGGCAGCUGAAAAUUUUCUGGUUAUGGAUAGUCUGAAUAUUGGAUCAAUUGAACAAUCAUUAACUGUUCUUUUUGAAGGAAAAGCUAUUGCUAUUAAAUUGUUUCGUGAUCGAAAGGUUUUUAUUAUCGAUCCAAACAAACCUUUGCCUGAAAUUCCAAUCCCUCCGGAUUUCUUUUCUCGUACGGCUGAUGAAAUUCUUCGUGAACAACAACAACGUACUGAAGCAUUGGAACGUAUGACAACAUUAAGAACACAAAAAAUGCGUGAAAUGGAUUCAAUUAAAGCAGCUGUUUCUUCAACUAUUUAUAAAUAUACUCUGAUUCGUGUUCGCUUUCCAAACAAUUAUUUAAUUCAGGCAAUUUUCAAUGUUCAUGAACGAUUCCAAUCGCUAAGAGAAUUUGUUUUCAAAAAUUUAGCUUUAGAACAUGGCUCUUUCACUUUAACUUUUCCUUCAUCUUCAAAUAACAACGGGAUAGAUUUAGACAAAAAAAACUCCACAUUUUUGGAAUUGGGACUUGUGCCGUCAGCUAUUUUAAAUUUUAAAUGGGAUGCAUCUACAUUGGAGGUAUUUUUAGUUAGCUAA